AUGCCUCGAGCUCCAAAACGACAACGCUACAUGCUUGAGGAACUUCCAUCCCAAAGGGAGGCACAGGGUCUUGUGGAUGCACAGAUUCCCGAGGCUGAGGAUGAGGAUACUUCCUCAUCUUCCACCUGCUCCUCCUCUUUCCCCUCCUCUUUCUCCUCCACUUCUUCUUCCUCUUGCUAUCCUCUGAUUUCAAGUACCCCUAGCACCCCAGAGAAAGUUCAUGCUCUUGCUGGGACACCAAGUCCUUCCCAGAGCCCUCCUAGUGCCUGCCCCUCCACCACUUCCAUGGCCACUGCCACUGCCACCCCAUUGAGCCAAUCCAGCAGCCAAAAAGAGGAGGGUCCAAGUACCUCUCAGGCCUUGCCACACAUAGAGGUUUUGCCCAGAUAUGUGAUUGAUGAUAAGGUAGCUGAUCUGGUUGGGUUCCUUCUCCUGAAGUAUCGCAAAAAGGAGCUGACCUCAAAGGCAGAAAUACUGAGUAGCAUAAUCAGAGAGUACCAAAAUCACUCUGCUGUGAUCUUCAGUGAAGCCUUCGAGUGCAUGACGCUGGUUUAUGGCAUUGAUGUGAAGGAAGUGGACCCCACCAACCACUCCUAUGCCCUAGUCACUAAACUGGGUCUCACCUAUGAUGGGAUGGUGAGCAAUGAGCAUAGUAUGCCCAAGACUGGCCUUCUGAUAUUUAUCCUUAGUAUAAUCUAUGUGGAGGGUGAUUGUGUACCUGAAGAGAAGAUAUGGGAAGCACUGAAUGUAAUGGGGGUGCAUGCCGGAAGGGAACAUCGCAUCUAUGGGGAGCCCAGGGAGCUAAUCACCAAAGAUUGGGUGCAGGAACAGUAUCUGGAGUACCGGCAAGUGCCUAACAGCCAUCCUGCAUGCUAUGAGUUCCUGUGGGGUUCCAGGGCCCACGCUGAAACCAGCAAAAUGAAAGUCCUGGAGUUUUUGGCCCAGAUCAAUGGGAGUGACCCCAGAUCCUUCCCACACUGGUAUGAGGAGGCUUUGAGAGAUGAGGAACAGAGAAACAAGGCCAGAAUUGACACCACAGAUAAUACUACUGCCAUGGCCAGUUCAAGUUCUUGUGCCAUGUCCAGUAGCUUCUCCUGCCCUGAGUGA